CACUUCCCAUAGCAGGUAAACUCCACCAUGGCGGCGAGAGGCCAUGUGCAAGACCCCAACGACCGGAGACUCAGACCCAUAUAUGAUUACCUUGAUAAUGGCAACAACAAAAUGGCCAUACAGCAGGCUGAUAAACUUCUGAAGAAACACAAAGACCUGCACUGUGCUAAGGUGUUAAAGGCCAUCGGCCUCCAGCGGACAGGAAAGCAGGAUGAAGCCUUCUCAUUGGCCCAGGAGGUAACCUCUCUGGAACCCACCGAUGACAACUCUUUACAAGCCCUCACCAUCCUCUACAGAGAGAUGCAUCGGCCCGAGUUGGUCACCAAACUCUACGAAGCUGCCGUCAAGAAGGUUCCGCUCAGCGAGGAGUACCACUCUCACCUUUUCAUGGCGUACGCUCGCAUUGGAGAGUACAAGAAGAUGCAGCAGGCGGGAAUGGCCUUGUAUAAAAUUGUUCCCAAGAAUCCGUACUACUUCUGGUCUGUCAUGAGUCUGGUGAUGCAGGCCAUUUCAGCACAAGAUGAAAAGCUUUCCCAAACCAUGUUCCUGCCCCUGGCCGAGCGCAUGGUGGAAAAGAUGGUCAAAGAGGACAAGAUUGAAGCAGAAGCUGAGGUCCAGCUGUACUUUAUGAUCCUGGAGCGUUUGGGAAAGUGCGAGGAGGCUUUGGAUGUGAUCAAGGGCCCACUAGGAGAAAAGCUGACCAGCGAGCUCCAAAGUCGAGAAAGCAAGUGUAUGAUGCUCUACAGGCGACUGCAGCGCUGGCCCGAGUGCAACGCUCUGGCCCACAAUCUGCUGCUGAAAAAUCCUGAUGAUUGGCAAUUCUACCUGGCCUACUUUGAUUCUCUAUUUCACCUCAUGGAUCAAUCGUGGAGUCCGCCAGAGGAGGGCGAACACUGCUCCGAAGGCACGGUGCAUCACACGGUGGCUGAAGUGGUGAGGUUUGUGGAGGAUCGGAUCAAGGGCGAGGACGGCAAAGAUUCACGCUCACUGCGGGGUCCUUACUUGGCUCGCUUGGAGCUGAUGCACAGGCUGCGCGAGAGGGGCUGCCCUGAAGAAAGCCUGCUGGGAGAUCCUUUAGAGCUGAUGGUGCAGUUUUUUGGCAAGUUUGGAGACAAGCCUUGCUGCAUCACCGACCUGAACAUUUACCUCCACCUGCUCUCUCAAGACCAACACGUGCAGUUCAUCAACCGCCUGAGCGAGGCUGCCCCACUGGGCCAGCCGGGCCCCGAAGGCUUCGCCUUCCCCGACGACACCAAAGCGCUGCAGAGACAUUUGUGCCUGUGUCAGCUGGGCCGAGCGCUCGGCCUGCAUCACGCACUCGAUGCCGCCGGAAAGCUGCGACUCAUCACAGAGCUGAAGGCUCAUUAUCGCCACGGUCUCAAGUUUGGGAAGAACUCUCUGAAGACGGAGCUCCAGUUUUCUGACAUGUAUUGUCUGAUGGCGGCUCACGUUUAUGUGGACUUGUGGACAGAAAGCGGGGACGAGGACAUGGUGUGGCAGUGUCUGGGCCUCCUGCAGGAGGGCUUGUCCAACAGUCCCUCCAAUGCUCAGUUCAAGCUGCUGCUGCUGCUCCUCUACUGUCGCCUCGGCGCCUUUGAGCCCGUGGUGGACCUCUACGCCAGCCUGGACGCCAAACACGUCCAGCACGACACCAUCGGGUUUCUCCUGACACGUUACGCAGAGUCAUUGGGACAGUUUGCAGCAGCAUCCCAAGCCUGCAACUUCUCUCUCAGGUUUUUCCACUCCAACCAGAAAGAUACCUCAGAGUACAUCAUCCAGGCAUACAAGUAUGGAGCCUUUGAGAAGAUCCCGGAGUUCAUCGCCCUCAGGAACAGGUUGAACCAGUCGCUGCACUUCGCCCAGGUCCGCACAGAGAGGAUGCUGCUGGAUUUGUUCCUGGAGGCCGACAUUGUAUUGAGUCUGGAGGAGAGUGUGAAGGCCAUGUGUUUGUCUGCAGAGGAGGAUGACAUUCCCUGGGACAACAUGAGGGACAACAGAGACCUCACAGUUUUCACCUGCUGGGACCCCAAAGAGCGGCGGUUAACUGAUGAGCACCGGCAGCACUCCCUGGAGGAAGAGUGCAUCUGGCUGAGGAUACGCUCCCUCACGCUCCGCCUCCUCGCCGCACUGGCGGCGUUGGGACACAAACCCUCGCCACAAAACUCCGAGCUGGCCACCGAGAACGGCGUGGGGGACAAGGUGUCGAGCCUGGCCGGCCUCUUGGCGCAGCUCCACCAGACGCUGCAGACGGCCUCUCAGCUGGUGGAGAGACGCACGCAGGUGUGUACGGGAGACGUGUGGUCACCUGAUGAUGUCAUGACGCCAACACGUCUUCUCCUUCAGUAUCCCUUGCUGGGACCCCCCUCCACCCGUCUGGCCACCGCCCUGUCGAGUGGGAGCUGCCACUGCCAGGCGGCGACGCUCCAGCUGUCGGCCCACAUACAUGAGUUGGAUGGUGUCGGAAUCGACGAGUCGUCGGAGCUCCAAACACAGAUGUGCAACACCUUCAAGUCAAUAGCUGUUCAACUUCAAGAAAUGCUGACAAAAUGCAAAGGAGAUUUACUGGAAAUGAAAGAUGGCAAAUUAAAAACGAGGCCACCUUUAUUAGAAAACCUAAUCUUUUUUGUGGAGACGGUGUGCGUGGUCUUUUGGGUUGCUACCUACUGUGCUAAGAUUCUGCGACCGCUCAAGACCAGCCUACAGAAGAAAAAGAAGAAGAAAAAGGAUGCGAGCACUGUUCAGCCGCCGGUCAUGUGCGGCUUCCAGGAGCUGACGGCGAGCUUGCAGGACCUGCUGGCACAGGCCUUGGAGCACAUAAAAGGACAGGAAGUUGUAUUAACGGCCAUCAAAAUGUCCACUUUAAGCUUGGAAGGAUCCACACAGGAGGAAUGGUCGUUUACGAAGGCUGCUAUGGACAAGCUGCAGAGCAGUCACCUGCGCUCGCUGCAGGAGGCGGGAGACCUGCUCAAGAAGAGGGCGGAAACGCUAAAGAACCUCAAGAUCUGAACGCCAUCACGUUCACCCACCCACCCCUGCCCCCCCAGUGGCUUUUUUUCCCCCCCUCUCACCUGGAUUCUUUUUGUGUCCUGUCAGCACAUUUCUGGAACAGUUUCAACUCACACACACGCUUUACGCCUAUCAUGAACUCAUACUGUGACGUGAGACGUUCAGAUGCUAAUUAGGCCCUUUUAGACGAACUAGUAAAUUAUUGUACAUAGCUAAGAGCAAGCCAAUAUGAAACACACAAUAAACCACUAUGCUUUUUGUCGGUUAGUCACCUUCCCUCGCUUUGUGUGCAACAAACCUCAUAAGUCGUCUUCAUCAGACUGAAGAUUCCGUUGGACAUUUAUUUAGUUGAUGUUUUUGUUCAUCUUUUGUGUGUCAGUAUUAUGAAGGAGUUGGGUUUAUUCAGUUGCAAGCAGGAUCAACUCCCAAGGUGGAGUGGUCACACGACAUCCUCACCAACCAGCAGAUUGUUUUACGUCUGGAAAACAAUCCUCAAACCGUGUUUUUGUUUGUAGCCUGACAGCUGCACCGUUUUAAAAUGAUGCAGCAUUUUUUAACAUGAGCCGCUUGUGAGUGAGCGUGUGUGUGUGUGUGUGUGUGUGUGUGUGUGUGUGUGUGUGUGUGUGUGUGUGUCUGUAUAAUCUGUGAGUGGGCCCUGAUGGCACUGAAGUUUAUGCUGUCCCAUCGUCUGUGCAGUGUCCACACUUCUUGUCUCUUACAAACAUACACUUUGGACCUAAUUGUAAAUAACGCAGGACGCUGCCGUUCCAAGGGUGUGUGUGUAUGCGUGCGAGUGUGUGCAUGUACUGUAUGUGUGAAGGUUGCUGCAGUAGAUUCUGUUAGAGCUGUGCUGUGUUUGCGUUCCAUCAUUCCCUCUCACCUCACAAUCGGUCAAUCCAAACUCCUGACACAAGUCAACAUGUUGACCAGUACGAUGGACGUUUAGAACACAACCAGCUGUUAAAACACUAUAUUGAACUUAUCUCUCCAUAGAUGUACAAUGAAUAAAGCAUUUGAAUGGAGUUUAUCUGGAAACCCUCCGCCUCGCCCCCCAAAAAUGUUAUCGUGGUUUUGAUCACACAGCGCCCUGAACUUUGACGAGAAAUAAGACAAAUCUUCUAGUUUUACAGUAAAAGAGCUGUUUUAUUCCAUGAAUACAAUCAUAUAUACUGGAAGUUAUUUCACGCGUUCAUCUUUUCAUCCGAGUGGCUGCAAAGUGUUUGAGCGCAAUGAUUGACAAUCUGGAGUGUCAUCUCAUCAUCCUCUUUUGUUAGAAAAUGGGAAA